AUGAAGAAACAAGGAUUCGAAAUCGAAGCAUCCGGGAUCACUUACACAAUCCCGGCGAAAUCACCGCCGCCGUCGCCUCCGUCCGCCGCGAAAAAGCGACCACCCUUCUUCCCAAACAUCUUCGCCGGCGACAACGACCACGGCCGGGGAAGGAAAAAGACCGUCCUCGACGACGUCACCUUCACAGCGAAGCCGUGGGAAGUCCUGGCCAUCGUGGGCCCCAGCGGCGCCGGCAAAUCCACCCUCCUCGAAAUCCUUGCCGGAAAAAUCUCUCCGACGGCCGGAUCCGUCCUCGUCAACGGCACCCCAGUCGCCGACGAGGACCGCCGGUUCCUCAACAAGAUCUCCGGCUACGUCACCCAGCGCGACACCCUUUUCCCCCUCCUCACCGUCGAGGAAACCUUAAUGUUCAGCGCCAAGCUCCGCCUCCAGAAAAUCCCCAAAUCCGAGCUCGGAUCCCGGGUCGGGUCGCUGAUGCAGGAGCUCGGGCUGACCCACGCGGCGGGGACGCGGGUCGGGGACGAAUCGGGCCGGGUCAGGGGGAUCUCGGGCGGGGAGCGGCGCCGGGUCUCGAUCGGCGUCGACGUGAUCCACGACCCGAAGGUCCUGAUCCUCGACGAGCCUACCUCGGGGCUCGACAGCUCGUCGGCGCUGCAGAUCGUCGGGCUGCUGAAAUCGAUGGCGGAGACGAGAGGCCGGACGAUCGUGCUCAGUAUCCACCAGCCGGGGUUCCGGAUCGUGAAGCUCUUCAAUUCCGUCUUGUUCAUGGCCGGCGGGUCGGUUCUCCACCACGGGUCGGCGGACGGGCUCGGGUCGAGGCUGAGGGCGGUCGGGUUGCAGGUGCCGGGUCGGGUCAAUGUAGUCGAGUUCGCCAUGGAGUCCGUCGAAACGUUUCGCGAGCGGGUUCGCGAUUGCAAGCGAGGAGAAGUCGUCGUGGCGGCUGCGGCGGCGGUGGGGAAGCGGAGCGGGAAGUGUACGCUGCAGCAGCUUUUCGAUCUGCAGGCGGCGUCUUCGGUUGGACAUCACAGCAAUCGAAUUGCGGACGAGGAAAGCGCCAUCAUCAAUAUCGGGUUGGAGGAUUCGGAAUUCGGGUUGUGGGGUGACUAUCAUCAGUACCCGAAUUCUUGGUUCCGGGAAACCAUGAUUCUUACUCACAGGUUCUCGAAGAACAUCUACAGAACCAAAGAGCUCUUCGCCUGCCGGACAAUCCAAAUGCUAAUCUCCGGCCUCGUCCUCGGCUCCGUCUUCUCAAACGUCAAAUCCGACCUGGUCGGAGCGCGCGAAAAGGUCGGCCUAUUCGCCUUCAUCCUCACAUUCCUCCUCUCCUGCACCACCGAAGCCCUCCCAAUCUUCCUCCAAGAAACCGAGAUCUUCAAGAAAGAAACCUCCACCGGCAGCUACAGAGUCUCCUCCUACGCCGUCGCCAAUUCUCUAAUCUACCUCCCUUUCCUCCUCAUCCAGUCGAUCCUCUUCUCCGUCCCCGUCUACUGGCUCGCCGGAUUGAACCCAACCUUCAGAGCCUUCGCGUUCUUCCUCCUCCUCAUCUGGAUGAUCCUCUACACCGCCAAUUCCGUCGUCCUCUGUUUCAGCACUCUGGUCCCCAAUUUCAUCGUCGGGAAUUCGCUCAUCUCCGGGGUCAUGGGAUCGUUUUUCUUGUUCUCCGGGUACUUCGUGUCCCGCGGCGGGAUCCCCAAUUACUGGAUUUUUAUGCACUAUGUGUCGCUGUUUAAGUACCCUUUCGAGGCGUUCUUGAUUAACGAGUUCUCCGGCCAGGGGAAGUGUCUGGACACCAUGCUCGGAGCCUGCUCAGUCACCGGAGAAGCGGUGCUGAAGGAGGAAGGGUACGGCGGGGAGGAAGGGCGGUGGCGGAAUGUGGCGAUCAUGGCUUGUUUCAUCCUGUUCUAUCGGUUUGCUUGCUAUUUAAUUCUCAGGUUCCGGUGCUCUGUUCGGCCGGCGGCAGCGAGGAUCGGGUGGGCCGGGUUCGGGUCGGGUAAGGUUUCGGCCCAAAAGCAGAGCCCGGUUGCUGACCUGUCCAAGUCGUAG